UGCGUCACCACCCCUUCCUCUCGGAGGAGCUUUUCAAAAUCCUAAAGGAGAGAUGCAGCUGACUCAGAAGGUAUUUUAGCCGGCUGAACGAGAACAAAACCUUUUGACAACAGAAGUAUAAAAUAUAGUAUGUUACCUGGGUUACGCUAGCCCCAAAUAAGGAGUUUAAUCAAUAAGUUUCGGAAGGGUUUAUUUGAGAGGAAAUCAAAACCUUGUUUUUUUUAUGGAAGGACGGACGGUUCUGAAACUUCCGUAACGGUCUCUCUAUAAUUCAACCAGAGAAGAGUGGAUAGGCAGCCUUCGACUCAGUGGAGUUGCUGUGGGGCAGGGUGCUGUCCUAUGGGAUGGAUGACGGCCAGCAGGAUCAGUACGAGGAGCGUCUGAAGGAGGUCUUUGAGAGUUUCGACGCCACCGGCGCCGGGUCGCUGUGCCCCGAGGAGCUAUCUGACUUGUGCCAGGCCCUGCACCUGGAGGAUUCCACCCCCACACUGCUCCAUGCCCUGCUGCAGAACCAGGACCCACUCACUGGCAGGGUUGGUUUUGACCAGUUCAAGAAUGCCCUGAUUGUGGUGUUAUCAACGAGCAUAGUAGCAACACCUGAACCCAGUCAGGAGACAGCACCUGCUUCUCUAUCACCAGACUCAACAGUCCAAGCUAAGUUUGUGCGGGGUAGUAAACGCUAUGGCCGACACUCUACACCGGAGUUCAUAGACACCGUCACAGACUUCUCAGAGGUGCUCAGCUCAAACGCUACAGACCCAGAAGAUCAUGAAGACUCUACUGUGCCCAGGAAACGUGAGCGCUGGAAUGCUCAUGAAAGCGGAACGGAGGAGUACGAGGCAGAAGGCCAGCUGCACCUGUGGAACCCUGAUGAACCCUCUACCCCACGGGGCUCUAUCACACCCCUCUCAGACCACCAGGAGGAGAGGUUUCGGGAGGCCUGCGAGGAGCUGACUAUGCCUUGGGAUGGAUUUGCCAGCCACCAUGAGCUACUGGCUCUCUGUGACCACCUGGGCCUGGAGGUGACGGAGGAUGUCCUCCAGGUUCUAAGUGGUGAUGAGGUCAUGAGCGUUCAGGCGUUUACUUCCUGGGUUCUGAACCAUGCCAAGCCCCCCACCCCGUCUGCCUCCACACCUUACAGACAGCUCAAAAGACUACACUCCUCACAGCCAUUCGAUGAGACGGGCCGUAGAACCAGCGCUAUGACGAGCACCAUCGGGAUGCGUCUGUUCUCCACUCUGGACGAUGGGACAGGGUCCGCUCCUGCUGAGGACAUCCUGGAUGCCUGGAUGGAGGAGGGCAUCGAGAACAGCCCAGAGAUUCUACAGGCCUUGGAUUUUGACCUGGAGGGAAAAGUGAACCUCAGGGAGCUGACUGUGGCUCUGGAGAACGAGCUCCUCGUCACUAAGAAUGGGAUCCAUCAGGCUGCACUGGCCAGCUUCAAGGCUGAGAUCAGAUACCUACUUGAACGUGUAGAUCGGGAGCUCCGAGAGAAAGAGAAGACUCGUUCUGACCUGGACAAAGCAGAGAAGUUAAAAACCCAGCUGGCUUCUGAGGUGGACGAGCAUCACUCUGCCAUCGAAUGCAUGAAUGACCUCAACCUGAGGAAGCUGGAGCAGGAACACAGGGAGAAGCUGGUGUCUGUCCGGUCAGAACUCAUUAAAGAGAUGGACCAGAUUCAGCAGCAGACUGGUCAGCAGAGAGAGAAACUAGAGGCAGAGAUGGAGAAGCUCAGAGACGACGAGACCUUCCUCAGAGACCACCUCUCACUCACUGUCAAGGAGAGUAGGCGUCUGGAGAUGGAGCUGCUGGACAGCACUGAGAAACUGGUAGAGGCAGAAAACCAGGUCAGCAAACUGCAGAGGAACCUGGACAACAUCCUGAAGGAAAAGUUUGGGGAUCUGGACCUGGGCAGUGCUGAGUUCUUCCUACAGGAGGAGAGUCUCAGACGGCUACGCAGUAGCUAUGAGGAACAGUGUCGGGAGCUGCAGGAUCGCAUCGAUGAGCUUCAAGCAGAGCUGCAGGAGUACCACAACCUGGGCCGCACCUCUCAGCUCUGUCUCAAACCCUCUCUCUCUGAGGACCUGGAGAGCAAGAGUCCUGGCAUGGAGUCAGACCCAGGUCUAGGCUCAGAGGAGGGCCAGCCGUUGUUCAACAUGAGCCUGGAGGCAGAGAUGAUGCUGGAGCGGCUGAAAGAGAAGCACCUCCGAGAGAUGGAGGAGCUACAGGCUCAGCUGGAGAGCAAGGUGAGUGAGUUUGACCAGAAGGUGGAGGAGCAGAAAGCCGACCUGGAGGCCCAGAAGGUAGCCUUGUCCCUGCAGUACCUGGAGGAGAUCCAGGCACUACGAGGGGAGAUGUCCAUCAUCCAGAACCGAGCCCUGGAGCUUCAGGCCCAACUAGACAAUGCUGAGGAGGAGCGGGCCGGUCUAGAGCAGAGACAGGCUGGGGUGAAGGAGAAGCAGGAGCACCAGGAGGAGGAGGUGAGCAGCCUGAGACAGGAGCUCCUGGAGUCCCGCAUCCAGAUUUCUGACCUGGAGGAGCAGCUGAAAGUCCUGGAGGCCCAACAAGCGAAGGCUGAGCUGGGCCUGGACACAGAGAUGCAGGAGCUGAGGAAACUUCACGCCUUGGAACUCAACAAGCUGGACGUGCAGCACGACAACAUCCUUCAGGUCAGGCUGGAAGAAGAGAAGGGUAAUCUACAGGAGGAGCGGGAGAAGGUGGAGAGGAAAUUGUUAGAGGAGUGGGAGAGGGAGAAGAUGGAGUUACAGCAGAGCCACGAGGAGGCGAUGGAGGCUAGGAUAGAGGAGGUGAGUUUGAAGUUCCAGGCAGAGCGAGAGGAGUUAGAGAUGCGACUCACAGAGGAGUGGGAGAGGGAGAAGGCUCAGCUGGAUGAGCAGAGUAACGAGUCGCUCCAGACCGUGUUAGAGGAGGAGAUGUUACGUCUAGUCAAGGAGCAGGACAGUAGGGAGAUACGGCUCACUGAGCAGUGGGAGCUGGAACAAGUUCAGCUCAAGGAGUGUCUGGAGGAGACUCUCCUCACCCGGUUGGCGGAGGAGAAGCUGAAGCAGCAGGAACAGCAGGAGGAGGUGGAGAGGAGGCUCAGGGAGGACUGGGACAGGGAGAGACUCCAGCUGGAGGAGGACUAUGAGGGGAUGCUCCAGGAACAGCUGCAGGAGGACAGGGAGAGGCUUGAGGGAGAGAAGGAGGAGGUGGAGAAGAGGCUGGAGCAGAUGAUGGAGGAGGAGAAGGAGCGCCUGGAGGAGGCCCACAGACAGGCCGUGCAGGAACUGAGUGCCAAACACAGCGAGGAGAGGGAACAGCUCAGCGGUCUGCUGGACAAACUGCGAGAGGAUAUCGCUGAGGAAAGGAAAGAACUAGAGAGCCACUUUUCCCAGAAAAUCAGGGAGGUGGAGGCCCGGUUCUCAGGCGACCAAGAUGCUGUCGCAGAGCGCUUCCAAACCGACGUUUCCAACCUGGAGAAGCACUAUCAGAGCGAGCUGAAGGCACUCACUGACAACCACGCUGAGCAGAAAACCAAAUGGGAUGCGGAAACGGAGGAAGCCCUUCAGAAAGCUGAAGCGCAGAGGAGAGUUCUGCAGGAAACCAGAGAACAAGAGCGAGAGACCAUCACCCAGGACCUGGUGAAAGAGAGGGAGCUGCUAGAGAGUGUCCAUAAGGAAGAGAUGGGCGCAUUGGUUGCGAAGAACCAUGAACUCCAAAAGGAGCUGGAGAGUUUCAUCAGUUUAGCCCAGACCAAAGAGAUUGAGCUGAGUAGGCAGCUAAAUGAUCUUCACAAUAGGCUGCAGGAGAACCUGGACACUAAAGACGAGCUUCUGGCCAAGUCUGAGAAGAAAACCCAGGAGAUCGAGCUUCUGCUUAACCAGGCCGUGGAGGACUUCAAGCAGGAGAGGGCAGAACUUCAGGGAAACCUUUCUGAAUUAGAGGUGAGGCACUCCUUGGCUGAGAAGCAGCUUAAGGAGAUGAGUGAGCUGCUCUCAGAACAUGAUAACCAGAAGUUGAAGAUCAAAGAACUGGAGAAUCUCCUGAGACAGGCGGCUGUGGACUUUCAGUUUGAGAGGCUGGAGCUACAAGAGAACAUCUCAGACCUGGAACUGAAGCUGAAGGAGAGCCGUCCUUCCUCCGACCUGCAGGACAAUGAGAAAGGAGAGCUUCUGGUUGAGAGAGACCAGCUUAGUAUUAGAAUUCAGGAAAUCGAGAAUGAGCUCAACCAACUUCUAGACUCUGCAGACAUAACAGGGGGCAAAGAAAUGGGAGAAUCAAAUGAAGUAAAUGUAGCACCACUAGGAGAGGAAAAUAUAGAGGCUGCAGCUCUUGAAGAACAAGUAGGUUCAGAAAACAUUACCGUUAGUGAUGAGACAUGUGACAACGUUGUUCCAGAGGACUGUGAAGGCCUUGACAUAGAAUAUGUAUUCCCUAUGGAGCAGGGACCAAAUGACAAAUUUGAGAUUAUUACUGUAUCACCUCAUGAGAUGGAGAUUUCUGAGAACAUCAUUGCAGAAGUUUGUGAUCAAGAAAUAACUGUUACCUCAGACAACCUGAAUGUCUUAGUAGAGGCAUCUGAAACCUGUGGUGAACAAGGACAAGAUGAUGAUGUGGAGAUGAUACCUGAAACUCCAAAUAGGUUAGAGGAAUGUCCUGAAGACACCAUAACUCUUCAUUUUGAUGGGAUAUGUGAUGAUGAAACUACUGUGGACGAUGGCCCAGACCCAGUGGUCGAAUCUGUUGCCGUUGAGGAGCAAGCACAAGAUGACAACGCUAGUGAGGUAAGGAUGAAUGCUGAAACCUCUGAAGACAUUGAGGUAUGUCCUGAAAACAUUAUCAGUGUUGAGGCAUGCAAUGGUGAAGUCGCUGCUAUUCCAGAAGAAUGCCAAGACCUUGUUGAGGAAUCCCAAUCGUCUGAAUGCCAAUGUCAGGCUGAGGACAACAUGGACGAAGACACUAAUGAUGACAUUGUAGCAAUGUCCAUUCCAGAGGAGAAACCUCAAAGUGAUGGCAUUGAUGGAGAUGUCUGUCCCUCUGAGAUUAAGUGUGAAGACUCCUCCCCUGAUAAGAUUGGACAGAAUGAUGCUAGUGUACAAGAAACUGUUUUCGAUGAUAAGCCUGAAGAGGAGGAACUUCAAGAUGAUCUGAUUAAUGAAGAAGUGAAGAGUUAUGUGUCUCUGGUUGUCUCUUCAGCACUAGAGGAGAUAGGUCAUGACACUGACGAUACCAAAGUGGCUUGUCUUUUCGAGGAAACUCAAGAUCUAGAGAAAAAGCCUGUGGAACUGAUUCCUCAGCUGCAGCAGAGGUGCGAAGAAGCAGUGAAUGAGCGAGAUGACUAUAUCCGUGAGAUACUGGAGCUCCAUGAGCAAGUCAGUCAGUUGGAGAGCGAGGCCAGUCUUCUGGCUCAGCUACAGAGCCAGUAUGACACUGCCACUGAGGAGAACCUGGCGCUACAGCAGAAGAUCUCCGAGCUUCAGCAGAAGUCGGAUGCACUAGAGAGUCUUUCAGCAGAAAACGAUCAGCAAGCUUUAGAGAAAAACGGCACCCUCAAAGCUCAGGCCAACGAGAUCAAGGUGACGUCUUCAGAUAUGACCUCGCUUCAGAUCCGAUACGAGGAGUGCAUCUGUGAAAACGCCAAGCUGGAGGAACAAAACUGUCGGCUGGAGAAGAGAGUUGUGGGCCUCGAGAGCAAGAUGCACAUCAUCCAAGACUUCCAGGAUCAGCAAGUAGCGUUGGUGGACGAGAUCACCAGGAUGAGAGAGGAGAAUUGUAAGCUGACUGAGCUAGUCAGCGAGUUAGAGAGGCAGGAUGAGAUUCUCAUGGCUCUGCAGCUGGAGGCCGAGUCCGAGGAAGACGCCACCACAGAACAAGAACAAGAGUCCUUCCUGGACCUGAACUCCCAACUGGAGGCUAAGAUACAAGUGGUGUCGGAGCUGGAGGACUGCUGCACGGAGUUCGAGAAGCAGAACGCCAAGCUCCGCAGAGCCCUAACAGACCUGCAGGACAAGUCGCUGAAGAUGCAUGAAAAGAUGCAGACCCAUAGGAAUGAGGCGGGUCGUUUAGCAGAGGAGAACCUCUUACUAAGACACAAGAUCUCCGUGCUGAAAGAAGAGGACCUGAGAGAGACCCGGGAGGAGACGCUCUUGAAACUGGAGUGUUUCAGGAAGGAGAAGAUAUCUGCACAAAAGAAAGCAGAGAGUUUCAAGAGACAGAUCUCUGAGCUGCGUCUCCGCAGUCAGCAGCUGGAGGAUGAGAACGGGGUGCUGUCGGAGAAGAACGCCCAGAAUGCAGCAGGAGUGGAGGGGUUGAGCCAACAGCUGGGGGAACUGCUCAGACAGAGUGAGAGACAGGAGGCUGUCAGAGACCAGCAGCACAAUGAACCAGAGGACAACAGCACCAAGAUGGCAGUGUUUGCGUCUGCCCUGGAGGCGGAGCUAACCAAUGCUGUGGAAGGGACUGUACUACUAGAGGAGGGCAAGGCCCAGCUGGUGCUACAAAUCACCACCCUCCGCGAUAAGGUGGCUAAGAUGGGGGCUGUGGAGUGCCAGCUCCCCCUCCUCCUGCAGGAACACAAGGCUUUGGAGAAACUAACCCAGGGAUUACGCAAUCAGCUUGCCAAGUCUCAGGAGAGGACUCAUGUGUUGGAUGGAAGUCUCCAGUCUGUUAACCUCCAAAACGCCCGUCUCAAGUCAGACCUCCGCGUGUCACAGCAGGAGAAGGACGCCCUCAAACAGGAAGUGAUGUCACUGCACAAACAGCUGCAGAAUGCCAACGAUAAGAACCAGGUUCUGGAGAUGGCCCUGCAUUCCAGCGGAUACCAGAGCCAGCACAAGAAGUUGUACCGGGACGAGCUGGCCAGGUUGGUGGAACAGGAACAGCAGCUGCUGAGGCAGGAGAACGAGAGGCUGACCAUGGAGCUCCACAACACCAAGGACGACCUUCACCACAGCAGGGACAAGACGCGUCAGCUGGAGGCAGCCAUCUUAACCGUGAAGCAGCAGUGCCAGUCCAGUGUGGGGAAGACUGUGGAACAGGAGAAGACUGCUCUGAAGAGAGAGCUGAACGUGAUGCAUCAGGAGCUACUCUCUGCUCAGAACAAGGUGUGUGAGGUCCAGAGAGAGCUGGAGAGUCUUCGUCAGGAGAACGAAGGUCUGAAGACCCAACAGGCCCAGCUACAGGCACGGCUUCUGGAGGCCCUCCAAGUCCAGCUGGUUGGUCUGCUGCCCACAUCCCCUCGCAGGAUGCCUGGUGAGCGGAGAGAGCAACACCGUAGGGACGACCUCAACCCAGAGAACAUACAGAACGAGAGGGCGACGGCGACGAUGAUGAUGAUGAUGAAGAUGGAGGAACGUAUGAGGGAGAUAGAGCUGUCUCUGCAUAAUGUCAAGCUGCUGCUCAAAGAGAAGGUCUGCCAACUCAAAGAUCAGCUCCACAAGAACAGUAAAGCUGAUUCGUUGAUCAAGGACCUGUACGUGGAGAACGCCCAGCUGCUGAAGGCCUUGGAGAUGACCGAGCGGAGACAGAAAGUAUCAGAGAAGAAGAACUACCUACUUGAAGAGAAGAUCUCCAGCCUCAACAAGAUAGUCAGAGACCUGAGUCCCUCACCCCUAGCCCCCAUGCCCUACCAUUUCACCUGUUCCUAAUACUACACUUUGACCCCUGAUCCCAGUAGCUGGACGGAACAUGGAUCUAAAACUACACUUUGACACCUCACCCCAGUAGCUGGACGGAACAUGGAUCUAAUACUACACUUUGACCCCUCACCCCAGUAGCUGGAAGGAACAUGGAUCUAAUACUACACUUUGUCCCCUGACCCCAGUAGCUGGACGGAACAUGGAACUCGAGUGUUACAUUCACAUUCCACCUGAGCCCCGUAACCCUCGGUCCUCUUCCCCACUUGCCCUACCACUAACAGCUGAGCCCCUUAACCCUCAGUCAUCCCUACCACUAAUAGUUGAGCCCCUUAACUCUCAGUCCUCUUCCCCCUUUGCCCUACUACUAACAGCUGAGCCCCUUAACUCUCAGUCCUCCCUACUACUAACAGUUGAGCCCCUUAACCCUCAGUCCUCCCUACUACUAACAGCUGAGCCCCUUAACCCUCAGUCCUCCCUACUACUAACAGCUGAGCCCCUUAACCCUCAGUCCUCCCUACUACUAACCGCUGAGCCCCUUAACCCUCAGUCCUCAGUCCAGACCUCUACCCUACUGUCAUACCCAAACACCAAGACUACUGUCUAUGGUGACCUCUACCCUACUAGACUACUGUCUAUGGUGACCUCUACCCUACUGUCAUACCCAACCACCAAGACUACUGUCUAUGGUGACCUCUAUCCUACUGUCAUACCCAACCACCAAGACUACUGUCUAUGGUGACCUCUACCCUACUGUCAUACCCAACCACCAAGACUACUGUCUAUGGUGACCUCUACCCUACUGUCAUACCCAAACACCAAGACUACUGUCUAUGGUGACCUCUACCCUGCUGUCAUACCCAACCACCAAGACUACUGUCUAUGGUGACCUCUACCCUACUGCCAUACCCAACCACCAAGACUACUGUCUAUGGUGACCUCUACCCUACUGCCAUACCCAAAUACCAAGACUACUGUCUAUGGUGACCUCUACCCUACUGCCAUACCCAACCACCAAGACUACUGUCUAUGGUGACCUUUACCCUACUGUCAUACCCAACCACCAAGACUACUGUCUAUGGUGACCUCUACCCUACUGUCAUACCCAACCACCAAGACUACUGUCUAUGGUGACCUCUAUCCUACUGUCAUAUCCAACCACCAAGACUACUGUCUAUGGUGACCUCUAACCUACUGCCAUACCCAACCACCAAGACUACUGUCUAUGGUGACCUCUACCCUACUGCCAUACCCAACCACCAAGACUACUGUCUAUGGUGACCUCUAUCCUACUGUCAUACCCAACCACCAAGACUACUGUCUAUGGUGACCUCUACCCUACUGCCAUACCCAACCACCAAGACUACUGUCUAUGGUGACCUCUACCCUACUGCCAUACCCAACCACCAAAGUAGUCGCCAAAGUACCGGAGCACUAAGUUGAUCACAAAAGUUGUCACUGAUGAAGUUUUAUUUUUACCAUGACACUAAACCACUGUACCAGAGAACAUUCCUGAAACUGAAGUGCACUUCAGGGUUGGGGGUCAAUUCCAUUUCAGUUACAAUCAAUUCAGGAAGUAAACCAAAUUCCAAUUCCACAUUUUCCUAAUUGAAAAGCAUUGAAGAGAUUUGGAAUGUCAGUGUACUUCCUGAAUUGAUUGGAAUUGAAAUGGAAUUGAUCCCAACCCUGAUACAAUUGGUUGUCUGAGAGAUUUUAAGCUCCCUGUUCAACACUAUGGGAAUCAAUACUGUCACUUUUCAGUUAUUAUAGCCGGAUAAAGAGGGUUUAAUAUGUGUAUUUAAAUGCACAAUAAAAUCAUGUAUACAAACCACUUUGUAAAUUGAAUAAACUAUGUAUGUUUUGUUACA